AUGCGUCAGGAUGAUGUUUGCUUUGAACAAGUUGAAAUAAAGUUCUUUACUUUUAAUACACGAGUGGACGUGGAGUGCUCAUCGACAUUUCUUCUAUACGCACUUCACCUUCAGCUACGGGUUCGGGGUCGACGCACCCGAGCCACUCGUUUCGUCUGCAAAUUCAAUUCAGGACCUCAAAACUUUGCUUUUCCAUCUCUUGCAAUUAACAUUGGUGAUAUGGAUCCAAAAAAACCCUCUAGUUCCCUUUUGGGGAAGAGAAAAAGAGAAUCAGAGACAGCAGCUUUGAAUGCCCCUGGCAUGUCAUCUAAUUCUAGCUCAGUUGGAGCUCCAGUUGGAGCUCCAGUUGGAGCUCCAGUUGGAGCAAACUCUGGCAUUGUAACUGGACAAUCAGCCAGUACAAACUUGGCCAGCAGUUCAACUGCAGCUCCAAGUACCACCUCUUCUGUAACGAAAAUAGUUAAUUCUGCUGAGGACCAGACUAGCAGUAAUAAAUCUAAAAAAAUUGAUAAAGAUGAUAAGACCAGUUCCACGGUCCCUUAUAUCAUAUCAUGGUCCCCAGUAUCACAACAAAAUGUCACAGCGCAAAAGGUGAAAAGAAAAUAUAAAAAGAUAAAAAGACGCACUCGGCACAAGCAAAGCAUUGCUAGGACCCAGGAGCAAGGGGCUCAAAGUACCAGCUCCACUGUGAGAAAAAGAACUGCUUCUUCUUCCAGUGACGAUGAGCCAACAAAUAAGAAAAAACAUAAAGGCAUAGAGAAAAAGGCUAUAAAGAAGCGUAGAAAGAGAAGCAAAAAAACUAAAAAACCUACAAGGCAUAGGAAAAUCUCACAGCCCAGUACAUCUACUCAGCAACAGUCUGAUUUAGAAGCAAUACAGGAUGCGUUUGCCAAAGCUCUUGUAAUAUCUACAAGUGCAGCAAACACUAGUGUUGUCACUAGUCAAACAUCUGCCCCACCAACAAUGAUUGUAGCCAAAGAUACUAAUGCUAUACCAAGUACUAGCAGUGCAGCAACCACUAGUGUUGUCACUAGUCAAACAUCUGCCCCACCAACAAUAAUUGUAGCCAAAGAUACUAACGCUAUACCAAGUACUAGCAGUGCAGCAAACACUAGUGUUGUCACUAGUCAAACAUCUGCCCUACCAACAAUAAUUGUAGCCAAAGAUACUAACGCUAUACCAAGUACUAGCUCUUUGGUGAUGAAACAAGGUGGAUUUGAACAGCACAAUGCAAAUAACACUGGGAACGGUGGUGGAAUUUCAUUACCAGCAACUGGUAACAGAAUGAUGCCUAAUAUUAGUUAUUCCAUGGCACAGAAAGGCAAUUCUACACAACAACAAUAUAAUUUCAUGCAAUUUAAUCAGUGGAAUCUUCAAAAUAAUGUCAUGUUCCCUCAGAAUCCCUCUACUGCAACCAGGGGAAUAUAUGAAUACAUAACUUUAAGUGACAUGGAACGUGCCACUCGUGCACAUCAGCAGCAGGUGGCUCAACAGCAGCAAAUGAAACAUCUGAGAGAGUCACCAUUUUCAGUACAGGAAAAUUCCCCUCUAUUCAGGAACCCAAUUCCUGAAACAAGAAAGCGAAAGUUGGACACCAACUCAGAAGAUGCAGCUUCCUGGAACCCCAAGCGUUUCAGGCUGAGAUUGGGCAAAGGACCUAAGGUACAUCCCAAAGCCUUAGAGAGAAAAGCAGAUGCACAGAAAAUAGAAGGAAAGGAAGAGUGUGCAUCAGAUGAUAUAUUUCCACCCAGUUCAGUAUUCAGGGCUCGAGUGAAGGAAAGAGCACAAAGGAUGAAAAUAAAAGAUUUGUUUCGAGUCAUCAAAUCUCAGCACUCAGUUGGAGCAAACUCUGGCAUUGUAACUGGACAAUCAGCCAGUACAAACUUGGCCAGCAGUUCAACUGCAGGACCAAGUACCACCUCUUCUGUAAGGAAAAGAGUUCAUUCUGUUGAAGACCAGACUAGCAGUAAUAAAACUCAAAGAAUUGAUAAAGAUGAUAAGACCACUUCCACAGUCCCUUAUAUCAUAUUAUGGUCCCCAGUAUCACAACAAAAUGCCGCAGCGCAAAAGGUGAAAAGAAAAGAUAAAAAGAUAAAAAGACGCACUUGGCACAAGCAAAGCAUUGCUAGGACCCAGGAGCAAGAGGCUCAAAGUACCAGCUCCUCUGUGAGAAAAAGAACUGCUUCUUCUUCCAGUGACGAAGAGCCAACAAAUAAGAAAAAACAUAGAGAAGACAAAAAGGCUAAAAAGAAGAGUAGAACGAGAAGCAAAAAACCUACGAGGCAUAGGAAAAUCUCACAGCCCAGUUCAUCUACUCAGCAACAGUCUGAUUUAGAAGUAUUACAGGAUGCGUUUGCCAACAAUGACUGUAGCCAAAGAUACUAA